AUGUCCCGCGAAGCUUAUCAGGUCCCCUCUCUCGGCGCCCAAAAUGCCUUUGGCACCGAGGGUAUGACCGCUGGCUCGAUGGAUGGGCCUAUCGUCGCCUACCUGUGCGGCGAAUGCAAUGCGCGCGUCUCCCUGAAGAGAGGCGACCAGAUCCGCUGCAAGGAUUGCGGCCACCGUGUGCUUUACAAGGAGAGAACGAAGAGAAUGGUCCAAUUCGAAGCUCGUUAA